AUGAGGUGGACAAAAACUGAACAUGUUAAAACUGAACAAUUGAGUGAUGAUACUACAGAACCGUCGGAUAUUGAAAGUGACGCAGAUUCAGAUGAAUCCAAUGCAUGUAAAACAUUCCAGUCUAGUCGUGAACCUCUCAAUAACAUAGGAAAGGAUGGUUCUACAAAACUGAAUAAACCAAAGAACUGCGUUGCAAAUAAAUACAAUAAUACGUAUAACAAAAGGGGUGUAAAUCCAUUUGUCUGUCGACGGUCUGGAUCAUCUGGUAUCGGCAGCCUGUUAGUUUUUCAGUUCCAUGCAGCUUUAUCUGAUGAUGCUGAUCUACCAAGUCGAACACAAACACCACAAUAUACACCAAAUAAGCAGACACCGAUUCACACAACCUCGUCUACAAAUGAUCCUGUCGACGAUAAAAUACCUGAAGUUCCAUCACCACUUGAUCAUAAAAAGAAAUGGAGAGGACAUAAAUCUGUCAGUAUGGAUUGUGAUAUUACUACCAGUAAUAAUAACAAUAUCAGUAACGCAGUUAGUCAUUUGCAAAGCGCCUCAUCUUCACUAUCCAAAGAUGAUUCAGCAUCCCCCAAGCUAAAUGUUUCGGCCAAGAGUUCUGUUUCAUCUGGCAAUUCAAACCCGUUUCACUAUUCCUGUGAAUCUGCUAAAACUGUACUAACUAGUGAAAGAAAGUUUCAAUCAAAUGUUACCAGUUCCUCAGCAAAUAGAGAUCAGCUUACUUCCUCUAAUUCAUACCGAAAUCAAAAACCGAAACCGGAUCAGAACGAAGCAGUUUCUGGUGUAUCGACAAACUCUUCUCAUUUCAAUGUCACUUCACCGCUAGACGAUGAAGACCCUGAAGAAUCAGAAGCAGCUCAAUGGUGUUCUGCUGUUCAAUCAUCUACUAACAAUAACAAUGGUGAUAAUGGCCAGGAUGAAAAGAUUAUUCACAAGUGUGCCUUAUUGUCAUUAGCUAAAUUGAGUCGCCUGCGCCAAAUAACAAAGGCAUCUUAUUCAGAAUUAAUUUUGAGUCUACUAGCCGGUGCGCUACGUGCUUAUCACCAGACUAUGGGAUUCAAGCAUCCGCCAGAUUUGCUAGCAUUUUUGGCAACAGAAGUUCCUGUAUUACCGUCGUGUGAUUUUGGCACCUCAUCGAUAUCAAUCACCAAUUGUAAUAAUAGUUCAGACACACCGUGUUCAACGUUUACACGAGUUCUAAGUACCACACAGAGAGUGAGAUCAAGUAACUUGGCCAUUCAUAACAUUUCUUCGUGGCGUCUGCAGAAGCAAACACAGCAGCUACAACACGAUAGUAAUACAGUUGAAACUGGCUUAUUGGGGAAUACAAAUCGAAUGGUAGCAAUAGGUUCGCCACCAACAACAAUAAGAAGUCUAUGUCCAGGUAGAAAUGUAUUGGCUGAAUUUUGUCUACCAAUAAAUACAGAGGGUAUGUUGCCCAGAUUGUGGGAAACUAAACAACGGUUGAAUGAAUUGAAUACUUCUGUUGAUCCGUUGUGUUUAGCUUGGGCUCGGACAGUAUUAUAUACUUUGAUGCCACACUCCGUAGCUAAGUGGAUUGAGUCAACUUAUGGUGGGCCAGCUAAAGCUAGUGUAACUGUAACUGGAGUUGAGGUAGUUUCUCCAUUCACUACAUCUAGUUCUGCAAAAAAUACAGAUUCCAGUUGUUCAUAUCAAAUGCCUAAAGCUAGGAGAUUAGCUUAUAUGUCCUUAUUGGCUAGUAAGUCUUCUGAUGCUCGUAUACUACGCCAGAGGUUACGAAAACGUCUUCCACGUGGAGCAGCUGUUUAUCCACCUCGUUUAGGAACAAGUUUUCGUGCUUUAGCCCGUCAUUUAGUCAAUGCUAAUGCUGGGAUAAUAUAUGUUGCUGGUUGUCCUAUUAUUCGUAUUGAUACUUGGAUGCCAUCUCCAAAUCAUAUUCCUUCAGAACUUGUUACACAUCCUCAGUCAACUACUUUGCAAGAUAGAACAUUUAAACAUGCUGUUGUACAUAUUUGUCGUGAUCUAAGUGUUACAUUUACAACGUAUGCUGGACAACUAUCUUUAACUUUUUCUGCUAGUUCAAAACAGUGUAUUCAUCCAAAUUUAGAUUUAAUCUUAUCAGCAAUAAAAUCACAGAUUAAUAAAAUGUGUCAAUUACUUUCUGGGCGUCAUGUACCGAAUAUGACAAGUCGUUGGUUACGCCAUAGUUCCAGUGUUGAGUCAUCUGUAUCAGCAUUAUCUGCAAUCAGUAUGAGUCCAUCUUUAAAUCCAAGUCUAGUACUUCAUAAUGAGAUAGCUUCAUCGGAUGGGCAGUCUAAUAAAAAUAUAUCACCGGCUAAAACACCAAGCAAAAUUUCAUCUUCUAGUCAAGCAGAUGCAUUAAUCUUACCCACUAAAGUCAAUAUAUCACACUUUGAAACCCCACUGGAAAUUACCUCACAGUAUUCUGAUACUACUAGUAACUCUUUAGAGUCUAAUCCCUAUGCUGACAAACCUAUGUAUCCUACAAGUUCACAUGAUGCAACCAAGUCAUUUUAUGCCUACCAAGCUGGUCAACCCAUUGAACAGCUCCAGGCACAGCUUCGAUGGGUUCAAAGGCAGUUGGAAGAAGCAUCCAGUCCUAAGAACAUAACUGAAUCCUCGGCAACAUCAAAUAAUAUGCGACUAGCAAAGUUACGCAGUGAAUUUUGUAUCCUACUGAGACAGCUAAAACAACGUUGUAGUCAAGGUGAACUAGGAAUAGAAUCUUCGGUAAACGAUUUGAAUGAAAUCAAAGAUGUGUCCGGUGAAUUUAAAUUGAAUUGCGCUUCUCUGCCUAAAUCAGGCACGUCUACACCACAGAAAUGUUCACCAACUACAUCAGGAUAUCCUUGUUUAGCUGGGCAGUUCAAUGUGAAUCCAUUUAAAACAGAACAAAACUCCGCUGUCAAACGCUCUACAACCACCGGAGAUUUCGACGAAGACCCAGACUUUUACAUCACUGGACAACAAGUUGACGACUUCGAGGACAUCGACCCUAGUGAACAAGAACUUGCUUUUAAAGAGGUCUCAGAUGAAAUAUCUAACAACAUAUUCACGACAAUCCAUAACACAAAUGAAGUGGGACCCAUGACACAAUACAACAAACAAAGUGGAGUUAUUGAUCAUAACGUAGGUGAUCUGCAUACAAAACAAAAGCGUCAGCGGAAAAGUAAAAGUAAAAGUGCAUCUGGACGUUGUCGGCCUUCAAAAAUCGCUACCGAAGUAGCCAGUUUAAACUUCAUGCCAAGUCGUCGUGGUUCGCUAUUGGCGCACUCGACUGUCAACGGAUAUUCAAAAAAAAGAAAAAGGAAUGAAUCUACUGAGUUAACAAGUACACGCAGACCGCAUACAACUAUGAAGCGAAACGCCUUAUUGCCAAAAAGAUCGAACAGAUGA